CUCUUUGUUUCAGGCUUUGGUCGGAAGGAUGUAGUUGAAUAUUUGCUUCAGAGUGGUGCCAAUGUCCAUGCACGCGAUGAUGGAGGCCUCAUUCCUCUCCAUAAUGCCUGCUCUUUUGGUCAUGCUGAAGUUGUCAAUCUUCUCUUGCGUCAUGGUGCAGAUCCUAAUGCUCGGGAUAAUUGGAACUAUACUCCCCUUCACGAAGCUGCCAUUAAGGGAAAGAUUGAUGUCUGUAUAGUUCUGUUACAACAUGGUGCUGAGCCGACCAUCCGUAAUACAGAUGGAAGGACAGCUUUGGACUUAGCAGAUCCAUCAGCAAAGUCAGUGCUGAGUGGUGAAUACAAGAAAGAUGAGCUCUUAGAAAGUGCCAGGAGUGGAAAUGAAGAAAAGAUGAUGUCUCUUCUUACACCAUUAAAUGUCAACUGCCAUGCAAGUGAUGGCAGAAAGUCAACUCCAUUGCACUUAGCAGCUGGAUAUAACCGAGUUAAGAUUGUGCAGUUGUUACUACAACAUGGAGCUGAUGUGCAUGCUAAGGAUAAAGGGGACUUGGUGCCACUUCACAACGCCUGUUCCUAUGGUCAUUAUGAAGUAACAGAACUUCUAGUAAAGCAUGGAGCAUGUGUGAAUGCAAUGGAUCUGUGGCAGUUCACUCCUCUGCAUGAAGCAGCUUCUAAGAAUAGGGUGGAAGUAUGUUCUCUUCUGUUAAGUUAUGGUGCUGAUCCAACACUAUUGAACUGUCACAACAAAAGCACCAUUGAUUUGGCCCCGACACCCCAGUUAAAAGAACGAUUGGCAUAUGAAUUCAAAGGUCACUCACUACUACAGGCUGCACGAGAAUCAGAUGUAGCUCGUAUCAAAAAGCAUCUGUCUUUGGAGACAGUGAACUUCAAGCAUCCUCAAACGCAUGAGACAGCAUUGCACUGUGCAGCUGCAUCUCCAUACCCCAAGAGAAAGCAAGUAUGUGAAUUACUGCUGAGAAAAGGAGCCAACGUCAAUGAAAAGACAAAAGACUUCUUGACACCUCUCCACGUGGCAUCAGAAAAAGCUCAUAAUGAUGUAGUAGAAGUGGUUGUAAAGCAUGAAGCGAAGGUUAAUGCAUUGGAUAAUCUUGGUCAGACUUCUCUACAUCGAGCUGCACAUUGUGGCCAUCUUCAGACAUGCAGAUUGUUGUUGAGCUCUGGAUGUGAUCCAUCCAUUGUGUCGCUGCAGGGUUUCACAGCUUUGCAAAUGGGGAAUGAGAGUGUGCAGCAACUACUACAAGAAGGCAUCCCAUUAGGUAAUUCGGAUGCAGAUCGACAAUUACUAGAAGCUGCAAAGGCUGGAGAUGUAGACACUGUAAAAAAGUUAUGUACGGUUCAGAGUGUGAACUGCAGGGACAUUGAGGGGCGUCAGUCCACACCGCUGCACUUUGCAGCAGGAUAUAAUAGGGUGUCUGUAGUUGAGUAUCUUCUUCAGCAUGGAGCUGAUGUUCAUGCAAAAGAUAAAGGUGGACUUGUCCCAUUGCACAAUGCUUGCUCCUAUGGUCACUAUGAAGUAGCAGAACUCCUUGUUAAACAUGGUGCAGUUGUAAACGUAGCUGAUUUGUGGAAGUUCACUCCCUUACAUGAAGCUGCAGCAAAAGGGAAAUAUGAGAUCUGCAAACUUCUAUUACAGCAUGGGGCUGACCCAACGAAGAAAAACAGAGAUGGAAAUACUCCUUUGGAUCUUGUUAAAGAUGGUGAUACAGAUAUUCAGGACCUGCUUAGAGGAGAUGCAGCUUUGCUAGAUGCUGCCAAGAAAGGGUGUUUGGCCCGAGUAAAAAAGCUGUGUUCACCUGACAACGUGAAUUGUCGUGAUACCCAAGGACGACACUCAACACCACUACAUUUGGCAGCUGGUUACAACAAUUUGGAGGUUGCAGAGUACCUGUUACAACAUGGAGCUGAUGUGAAUGCACAGGAUAAAGGAGGUCUGAUACCUUUACAUAAUGCAGCAUCUUAUGGGCAUGUAGAUGUAGCAGCUUUACUUAUAAAGUAUAAUGCCUGUGUGAAUGCUACAGACAAAUGGGCUUUCACACCUUUGCAUGAAGCAGCCCAGAAAGGAAGGACACAACUUUGUGCCUUGUUAUUGGCACAUGGGGCUGAUCCUACUCUGAAAAACCAAGAAGGACAAACACCUUUAGACCUGGUCACUGCAGACGAUGUUAGCGCACUGUUGACAGCAGCCAUGCCUCUUUCUGCAUUGCCAUCUUGUUACAAACCUCAGGUUAUAAAUGUAUCUCAAACUACGGGACCCACGGCUGAACCCUUGUCUUCCGUUCCAUCCAGCCCAUCCAACUUGUCAGCUGCUAGUAGCCUUGACAACUUGUCUGGUAGCUUUUCUGAACUCCCAUCUGUUGUUGCUACAAAUGGUGCAGAAGGGGCUACAAUGUUAGAAAAAAAAGAAGUUCCAGGUGUAGAUUUUAGUAUAAAUCAAUUUGUGAGGAAUCUUGGACUUGAACAUCUGAUUGACAUAUUUGAAAGAGAGCAGAUAACAUUGGAUGUAUUGGUUGAAAUGGGACACAAAGAAUUAAAGGAAAUUGGAAUCAAUGCUUAUGGUCAUAGACAUAAAAUAAUCAAAGGCGUUGAAAGAUUGAUUUCUGGACAGCAAGGUCUUAACCCAUAUCUCACUUUGAAUACUUCUGGGAGUGGAACAAUUCUCAUAGAUCUGUCUCCUGAAGAUAAGGAAUUUCAAUCAGUGGAGGAGGAGAUGCAGAGCACAGUCCGAGAGCACAGAGAUGGUGGGCAUGCUGGUGGAGUCUUCAACAGAUACAACAUUCUAAAGAUUCAAAAAGUGUGCAACAAAAAACUAUGGGAAAGAUAUACUCAUAGGAGAAAAGAAGUUUCUGAAGAAAACCAUAACCAUGCUAAUGAAAGGAUGUUGUUUCAUGGCUCCCCAUUUGUGAAUGCAAUUAUACAUAAAGGCUUUGAUGAGAGACAUGCCUACAUCGGUGGGAUGUUUGGAGCUGGGAUAUAUUUUGCUGAAAACUCUUCUAAAAGUAAUCAGUAUGUGUAUGGAAUUGGAGGCGGCACUGGAUGCCCAAUUCACAAAGACCGUUCUUGUUAUGUCUGCCACAGGCAGUUGCUGUUUUGCCGCGUAACAUUGGGCAAAUCUUUCCUGCAGUUCAGUGCAAUGAAAAUGGCUCAUUCUCCUCCAGGACAUCAUUCAGUUACUGGUCGACCAAGUGUAAAUGGACUAGCUUUAGCAGAGUAUGUCAUUUACAGAGGAGAACAGGCUUAUCCAGAAUAUUUGAUUACUUACCAAAUUAUGAAACCAGAAGUCACUUUAGAAGCUUGAGAAAUUGCUUUUGGAAAUCGUCAGACCUGAGGAUGAAGAUACCAACAACCUACACCUUCUAAAUGAUACUGAAUUGUUGAAAAUCUUUUACCUACAAGUGAUGCGGUGAAAAUGUGAACAAAAGAUAGCAUUUUGACUUGAUAAAGCUUUAAUAAUGUACAGUACGUUUUCUAAAAUUUCAAAACUUCCUCUUUUUCAGCACUUUAACAGAUGCCAUUCCAGGUAAUCUGGGUUUGCCUGUACUAAAUUAUACACAGAAGAUAACUUGAACUAUCAUUUUUAUACAAUACUACAUUGAUAUCAAACAGAAAUUGUUAUGCUUUAUACACAAACUUGUUUUACUAAUACUGUGUUCUUUAAAACACUACAUUUACACUGAAUACAAUUCAUUUGUAAAACUGUAAAUAAGAGCUUUUGUACUAGCCUGGUAUUUAUUUACAUUGCUUUGUAAUAUAAGUGUUUUAGAACUGCAAUCUUGUACAAAGUGCUUUCCCAAACAUUGCAUUGCUUGUUUCUUCAUGCAUAGUAGAUUGGCAAAGCCUGUUUGAUCCCAGGGUUUGUCAUUUGAGAGAGAGAAGAAUAUGUUUGAUUUUUAAUUAAAGUCAAGAAUUAUCCAAUAUUGAAACAAUUACUCAAAUGCUCAUUCUUUAAAUUUAUUUAUGGAAUAUGCUUUCCUGAGAGAUGAUGAUCUAUGAAACUAAGACACUCCAGUGGGGCUACUAAGAUGAUUUCCCACCUACUUGGCAGAGUUUCACACUUCAUUAAAUUGUCUCCUGGAGUUUGUAUUUUAAGUAUAGGUGUAGUUAAUGAGUGGCCAUGGUUCAAGGCUAGUAAAUCCUGCCAGUGAUAGCUAGUAAAUUAUUUUCUCUGAAUGUAGCUAGAAAGCUAACUUCAAGGAGAGAGUUCCUUAUUUACAUUUAAGCCAAGAAAGUUGAAUACAUAAUACCAGAUGAGGGUGAAUAAAUUUAAUGUUUGUAUGAUGCAUUGAAGUAAGCCCAUUAACUUGUGGUUCUACAUGGGGUAGAAAUAUUCAAACCAGCCCUGUCUCUUUCUCUGUUUAUGUUCAUGCUGUAGCUACAAUAAAGGUAGGAGUUUCUGUCAGUGUAGAAGUAUGUUUUCUGCAAUACUUCUUCCUGAGUGAAACUGAGGGCAGGAUCCUAAUGUGUUUGCAUGAAACUAGCUGUCUUAAGCAUUUUCCCAUAAGCAGAGAAAACAACUCUCCCAACUUAUUGGCUACAGUUGUCCCUUGAAAAUCUUUUUUGGGGAAAGGAAUGAAAUAGAGGUAAACCACCUCUUCCAAGGCACGUCAGAUAACUGAAGGCACUGCCAGUUCUUACACUCCAUCUUAAUACAUCUGCAUACUGUAUAUCUAUUUAUCUGCAGUUUUUAAUUGCAUCACUUUUUUGAAAUGUAUAAAUAAAAUGCAAACAAAUUACAGUUGGUAUUGAGCUUAAUACAGUUGGGCUUAAUUUUACAUGGAAUAAGAGCAUAUUUUAAUUGGUUAUAUUUCUACACCUAGGACUCUGUCCCAUUAGAUAAUAUGCCUGUGGGACAUGGGAUCAUGCUAUGGUUUUAAUGUAAUAAUCGGUCAAAAUGACUCUUUUUUUCUGGUUUGGUAGUUAUGUAAUUGUGCUCUGUUUGAGAAGUGUACUGAACCAUAUGAAGUCAUGUGGGAAAUCUGAGUGCUGAACAAGAUCAUACAAUUUAACUGUUGCAGAAAGCAAUACUGACAGUGAAUAAAGGAACUUUGAGGUACUUUUCUCCUAGCAUGUUGCCCAUUCCUUAGAACAUUGUAAUGCAGGAAUUGGUGUUCAUGCGAAAUCUGUUAAAUGUUUAAACAUUGAUAUUUUAGUUACAUUGCUAAAAUAUUUCAUUCUGUAUGAAUGAUUACGUAAUGUCUUGUAAAAUAUUGUGGUAUGGUAGCAUUAAGUGGUACCACAAUGUUUGUUUUGUCUGUUUUAGUUUUUGCAUGACAUACCUUACAUUCUGAAGGUGGAAACUGUAAUGGUUUGAUGGUUUUGACUUUUUCAGGUGAAACUUUUAACUCAUCUUGAAGUAUCUUAUGUGUACUGUACAACAUUCCAUACCCAAUUAACAAUAAAUUUAAAUUCACUGGUUUUCUGGUA